GAGCUAGCAUUAUGUUGCUCGCGAAUGACUCAAUAUUUUGAUUUCAACUCAUCAGCUGAAAACAUUUUCUACAGUCUUCUUAUUUAUCGCAUCAAUUACGAUAACAAUUGAAGACAGGGACGUCGGACACAUUCUUCCGCCAUUUUACCCCUCCUCAAUAAACUCCUACCGAACGAGGCGCCUCGAAUUGAUACGAGGUACAUAAAAACAACAUUAUAAUGUCAUCUCCCAGCUCCGGACAGAGCGGCCCUUCGUCGGCCAGUGCUCUGAAGAAGGCCUUUCCUCAUGUCGAUUUAGACGGACACAAUUUACCUCCUUCACCAGCUCCGUCGAGUCCCAAUGCUGGACGCCGAUAUGCUCUUGCCACUGAGUUGGUGUACACUGAAGGCAGUGAUCAGUACAAUGCUAGCAGCGUACCUAUUUACCAGGUUAGCUGAGGAUUUACUCUGCCAGAAUAUCAAUGAGCAAUAGAAUGCUAACUUCAUUUCUGCGAUAGACCGCCACAUUCAAACAGACAUCCGGCUCUGGCGGUGCAGAAUAUGAUUACACUCGCUCCGGAAAUCCGACACGCACACAUCUCGAACGACAUCUGGCAAAGAUCAUGUCCGCACAAAGAGCUCUCGUGGUUUCGUCUGGAAUGGCCGCUCUAGACGUUAUUAUGCGACUCCUACGACCGGGCGAUGAAGUUGUUACCGGCGACGAUCUCUACGGCGGCAGCAACCGACUUCUCACUUAUCUCAAAACUCACGGCGGUAUUGUCGUCCAUCACGUUGAUACCACUACACCUGAAAAAGUGCAAGCAGUUCUAAACCCAAAGACGGCUAUGGUACUGCUAGAAACCCCGACGAACCCGUUGAUUAAGAUUGUUGAUAUUCCCAAAAUUGCCGCAUUUGCUCACGAAGCAAACCCCAAUUGUCUAGUUACAGUCGAUAAUACGAUGAUGUCCCCUUUACUUCUUAAUCCGCUGGAACUCGGUGCCGAUAUUGUCUACGAGAGUGGAACCAAAUAUCUAUCUGGUCAUCACGAUCUGAUGGCCGGUGUUAUUGCCGUCAACGACCCUACUCUCGGCGAACGUUUAUACUUCCCCAUCAACGCAUCUGGUUGCGGUCUAUCUCCUUUCGAUUCAUGGCUCUUGAUGCGCGGCGUCAAGACCUUGAAAGUCCGCAUGGACCAACAACAAGCCAACGCGCAACGCAUCGCCGAGUUCCUAGAAAGCCACGGCUUCAAAGUCCGAUACCCCGGUCUGAGGUCCCAUCCGCAGUACGAAUUGCAUCAUUCCAUGGCCCGGGGAGCCGGCGCCGUGUUGUCCUUUGAGACAGGCGACAUCAGUCUUAGUGAACGCAUUGUCGAGAGCGCAAAACUCUGGGCUAUCAGUGUCAGUUUCGGUUGUGUGAAUAGUCUGAUUAGCAUGCCCUGCCGUAUGAGCCAUGCUAGUAUCGACGCAAAGACACGCAAGGAGCGUGCCAUGCCGGAGGAUAUUAUUCGGUUGUGUGUGGGUAUUGAAGAUGCGGAUGAUUUGAUUGAUGAUUUGCGUCGAGCUCUUGUCCAAGCCGGUGCUGUAAAUGUUUCGCUAGAUGGCUUCCAAGCAGUCCGCCCAGCGAGCGACUAAAUAGCACUCGAAAUAGAGAAAAACGCUACUAAGCAAAAUUUAUAUGUGUACGAAAUGGAGUCGAUAUUGAUGAUUAACGUUCAAAUGGGAUUAUGUUCCUCACCUUUCGGCCGGCGUUUAGGAAUUUACUGCUUUUGUUUUUGCCUGACAAAAAAAGCAUGAUGCAUAUACAUAUGUUG